AGGCAGAACAAUCCUCAUGAGCUGUAUGUUGAAAAUCUCUUUUCUUCCAAUCUAAUAUAAUGAAAAUGCUGGUCAAGCAUUUCAUUUAGUAAUGUUAUUUGUAGAUCAUCAGCUGGUUAGGAAAUCGCAUGGAUGACAUUGUCCCAAAAGUGUUUUACUUCACGAUGUAAUUUGAUGUUCAAUUGAUGAAUGAGAUUAAUGUGAUGUAAAUGUGCCAUGAAUUUAACCCACAUAAUAAUACCCAUCUCAGCUUCACCCCUGCCCAUUACAAACACAUGUUGUCACACUGAAAAGAACUAAAUCAAACUGUCGGCUUACUGCUCCAUUCAGAAUCAGAAGCACUUUAUUGAUGCAGGGGGUAAAUUGUGGUUUGGUGUCACUCCAGCCAAGAAUAGAAACAAAAACAGAAAUACAAAAUAGAGGUAGAAGUACAUAAUAAGUCUGUUAAAAAGGUAUUAACACAAGCAUUUACCUCUGAAGCACACACUGGUCCCCUGACCCCACCACGACCCUGUGCCACGUUAAUACCCGGGCCACGGUGACACGCACACGGGUUAAGUUACCUGGCUUUGUGCGCGCCUGUGGCCGCAGACUUGAGCUAAACGGAUCCUGCGUCUCCAUCCGUAAUUCCCGCUCCCCAUUGGCUCGGUGGACUCUGAGAGGGCGCCGCCGAUUGGUCGACGCACCUGCCAGUCACGCGGAUUCCCCCUCACAACAGACUUAGGGAGCAGCUGCAGCAGGAGAGCAGCAGCCUCAGUGCGCUGAAUGUCACCGGAGAUCAUGAGCUCCACACCGGGCUGGAUGGUGCAGGUCGGCGGGGUCCUGUGGAGGAGGUGAUCCAGGUUGUCUAAAUAAUUGUCCCAUGGCUGCACCCUGACACUAUCAUCUGUUCAGCCUCUUUCCUCCGACCCUCCAUCUCCUCAUCCCUCCUCCUCAGCCUGUGACCUAUUUAUACCCUGGAAACUCAGGAGAGCCCAUUAAAGCUCCGGAGAUCUCUUCAGACACAACCAGGAGCAUGAAUCCAACAGCACACAAAAUCUACUAUCUCAUCUCCAGCCUCUGCUCCUCUUCUUGUGUAGCUUCAGAUGAGGAAAACUAAAACUUUGACUGCUGGAAAUUCUUGAAAUGCAACAAGACCGUGGCUGUAGUCCUCCCCUGAUAUUCCACUGCGGCGAGGACCAGUUGCAGCUCGUUUGGGAACUUUGGACGCAGCAUGUGCUUGAGUCUGUGGAGCCUUGGAGCUUCUGACCAGUUGAGUUGAAGUAAAAGAAAACACAUCAGUAACAUGUGUUCUUUCACUUGGCUGUCUCUAUAGCUAUGAGAUAUGGGACACUGAAAGGAUUUAGCUGCUACAUGACUCACAUAUCUGAAGUCAUGCUCCCCUCCCAGCCAUGAGCUAAGUCCACUCCACCCUUGCAGGAUGACUGCUGUCUGCCCCGCUGAGAACAGUCCAGAGGGGACUGCAGCCGGGGCCAGGACAGCAGGUUCUAAGGGGUCGGCGCCGGGGCCAGCAGGCACCGCUGGGAGCAGCUCAGUUUCCGCGGUAGAGUCUAACGGAGACUCAGUCGGAGGCUCCGUUGGAGGCACAGCUGUGGUUACUGGUGGCCAAAGGUACACCCGCUGGAGCCGCCAGGACAGCUCCGACAUCAACACGGACGAUGAGGGAGCCACCAUCCGCAGCCUCACUCCUCUGGAACGGUUGAACCUGGAUAUGUGCCAGGAUGAAAGGGUCGUCCGUGAGCUGACAGUGGGAAGAAGAAUUGGCUUCUACAAAAUUCGAGGGGAGAUCGGUUGUGGAAACUUCUCCCAUGUCAAGCUGGGAAUUCAUGCCCUCACCAAAGGUAAGAAACUUUUGAUUUUUAACAAGUUUUUCAUUUUUCUCACACAGCACGGGAGCAACAUCAUCCACCGUGACCUGAAGGCAGAGAACGUCUUCUACACCAGCAGCUCGUGUGUCAAGGUGGGGGACUUUGGCUUUAGCACAUUGAGCCGCCGGGAUGAGACACUAAACACGUUCUGCGGCUCUCCGCCUUACGCUGCGCCAGAGCUCUUUCGAGAUGAGCAUUACGUUGGCAUCUUUGUAGACAUCUGGGCCCUCGGUGUGAUGCUGUUCUUUAUGAUGACGGGCACCAUGCCAUUCAGGGCGGAGACGGUAGCCAAACUGAAGCGCUGCAUCCUGGAGGGGGCCUACAUCCUGCCCUCCUGGGUGUCAGAGCCGUGCCAGAGGCUGAUCAGAGGGAUCCUUCAACCCGUACCAUCUGACCGCUGCACGGUGGAGCAGAUGAUCGGCUGUGAGUGGCUCCUCCCUGUGGACUUCCCACAGUCCAUGGAGCCCUUUAAACUGGACCCGUCCUACCUUGCAGAGAGUGAUCCACCUGAACUGGGGGAGGAGGAGAUGGAGGUAAAGGCAGCGCUGGAGACACUGGGAAUCACCUCAGAACACAUUCUCAACAACCAGGGGAAGGACUGCAGGAGCUCCAUCACCGGGGUCUACAGGAUCCUGCUGCACCGUGCUCACAAGAGACGGGCUGUUCAGAGCGUGCCUGUAGCCACCAAGGUUCCAGGAACAACUACAACGAGUAAAAAGGAGCGAUUAAAAGUGUACCGUAAUUUACGGCACACGUCAAAACUCUGCGUGGUUCUGUGACGAAAUGCUCUGCUCCACCCUGGAAACUCAUUGACAUAAUGCCUCGUUUCCACAGUUUUGUUGCGUGUCCAUAAUUCCGUUUCAUAUAUGGACCCCGGCCCCUAGUGUUCACUGCGCAGAAUGUAUUUCUUGGCGGUAAUGGUUGCCACUGAAGUCAUGGUUGGGGGUUUUUCACAACCUUUUGUGAAAUAUGUAAUUGAAUUGAAUGAAAUAGCCGUAGCUAAUUGUUUUUAUGCUAACAAAACUUUGUCCAAAAUCUACCACAAAACGUACAUGGAGGCUAAUUCAGGACUGAAGAAUACAGCUUCACAAUACUUCAAGAUCACAGAGGUUGCUAUAGGAAUGAAUACACUUCAGGUUGAAGUGGAUAUGGACACUGAGCUAUGUGGAAAUGAGGCAUUAUAGCCUUGGUUGAGCCUGCAUGGACUUUAUUAGAAAUAAAAAGUGCUUUUCAGUCCAGCAUUAUAAGGUACAUUGAAAUAUCACGGUAUAUAACCCCACUCUGCUCCUGAAAUCUGGGAUUUCUUACUUUAGUAUCUCUCUUAUAGUCAGUAAAAUUAGUCUCUGUGAGAAUGCUGCCACCAUUGAAUUAUUACUGUCUCCUUCUUUGACAAGGACCUAUUCCUCAUGAGAUUUGGAAAUAUUAUGAAAUAUGAUUUAAGGAAACAUAAUAUGGAUUAGAUGGCAUACAUAACUUUUAUUUAGGUCCUGCAGGUCAGAUAGUCGUUGCCCACAUUCUAUGCUUAGUGCUUUAACACCAUUAAACCCAAUGAGAACUCAAUGUAGCAUGAAUCUAUAAGAAAAGAUUCCGAAAUUCACAUCCUGCUGAGGCGUUAAAGUGGUGAAGCAUGUCAGCACAGGAAAUAGGUUUUUAUUGUUGACUUGCACUUUUCUUCCAAUGCCUUAGUUUUCUAUGAGACAGACUGGUUUCAUUGAAAUCCUUAAAAAAACAUUUUGUGGCUUGAAAAAGUCAAGACAUGACAUGAAGCUAAAAAUAUAAACCAACAAACUAAAGUUGUUUGUUGGCAGAAUAAAAUUCAUUUUCAGUUUUGAAUCAGACUAUGUGUCAGUGUGUGUUUCAGUUGUAUGUUUUUUUUAAUCAUUUGAU